AUGCCUGUCCCAGUUCCCGAGCUCGGUUCUUUUAACUUUGUUCCUGAGACGCAGGAAACUCUCGAUUGGGCGGAUCUGAUCACACUGGAUUUCAGUCUGCUCGGCACCCCAGAGGGCAAGAAACAACUUGCUGCCACCUUGAUCAAGGCUGUUCACGAAGAUGGUUUCUUCUACGUGAAGAACUUCAACAUCUCCCAGGAGCGCGUCAACCGUCAAUUCUCGAUCGGCAAGCAGUUCUACGAGAUUCCACUCGAGGAGAAGCUAAAGUACAUCCCCGAGGGUCUCGACAACGGUGCUUUCAAUGGAUAUGUUCCCAGUGGUCGUCGGAUUCUAGAUGCAGCAUCUGGUCUCAGGGACAGAACCGAGGUUUACAACAUUCCCAAAUUCAAUGGGGAUUUUAAGCAUGAGCAUCCAGCAGUCGUUCAGGGGCGCCUGCGUGAAAUUGAGGAGUUCGCAAGGUCGCUUCAUACCGAAGUCCUGGACCAUCUUCACACUCUGCUCGCGAUCGCACUCGAGCUUCCAGAGGACUACUUCACCAACAUCCACAAGUAUGAAGUGAAAAGCGAGGACCACCUCCGCUACAUGAAGUAUACCAAGUACACACCUGAAGAGAACAUCAAGCUUGGGAGGCUCUGGGGCCGCGGACACACAGAUCUCGGAUCGUGGACCCUCUUGUUCCGUCAACCUGUUGCAGCGCUUCAGAUCAAGAACCCCAAGAACGGCGAAUGGAAGUGGGUGAAGCCCCAAGAUGGCACGCUGACCGUGAACGCUUGUGACGCGUUGUCCUUCCUGACUGGCGGCUACGUAAAGAGCACCAUCCACCGGGUUUCUGCUCCUCCGAAGGAUCAGGAGCACGUCGACAGGCUCGGUCUGCUCUACUUCUCUCGCCCCAAUAACGACGUCGUCCUUUCCACCGUCAAGGAGUCGCCGGUUCUGCAGCGUGCGGGUAUCACUCAAAAUGAGUUCGAGAAGAGCGGCAAUCACGUCCCGACCAUGGAAGAGUGGACCUUCGCGAAGCAGAAGUGGCAGCGCACGAAGAACGUUGUUCGCGAUGAUCCGAAAUUCGUGAAUGCUCAAAUUCUUCCCGGAUGGAACGAGAAGGUGUAUGCUUAG